AUGCCUGGAUACACAAAAAUGAUGAAAGACUUAAUGUCCCGGAAAUUUGACUUCCAAGACUUGGCUACGGUGACACUUACUCAGACGUGCAGUGCAGUGGUAACUAGACCUGUUGCUGAAAAGCUCUCAGAUCCCGGGAGUUUUACUAUUCCAUGUAUUAUUGGAAACUUUGCUUUUGCGAAAGCACUCUGUGAUUUAGGGGCCAGCAUUAAUCUUAUGCCCCUAGUCAUUUACAAGAGGUUGGGCAUUGGGAGAGCUAGACCCACCUCUAUGUUGUUACAGCUGGCCGACAGGACUGUGAAGCGUCCAUUUGGGAUCCUUGAUGAUGUACUUAUUCAGGUGGGGAAGUUCGUGUUCCCUGCUGAUUUUGUGAUAUUGGAUUGCAAAGUGGAUGAAGAAAUUCCUAUCAUCUUAGGAAGACAAUUCUUGGCCACAGGGAGAGCUCUUAUUGAUUGUGAGACCGGGGAGCUUAAGAUGAGGCUCAAUGACGAAGAGAUUAUAUUCAAUGUGCAGAAAUCUAUGAGGCACCCAAGUGAGUUCGCAAAUUGCUCUCUUCUGGAUGCCGUGGAUGUAAUUGUUCAGUCUGAUGAUGAAGUGUUGACGAUUGAGGAUCCCAUCGCUGCAUGUUUGACGAAUUUGGAGGAAGUGAACG